CUGCCGGGAGGAUGCAGCCGGACCUCCCCGUCGGGGACACGGUGCUGCGCAGCCCCGCGGCCCCCGAGCCGUCCGGCGGCCCCUUCCCCAGCGCCGAGGCCACCAAACCACCGUACAGCUACAUCGCCCUCAUCACCAUGGCCAUUCAGAGCGUGCCCGAGAAGCGCAUCACCCUCAGUGGGAUCUACCGCUACAUCAUGGGCCGCUUCACCUUCUACCGGGAGAACAAGCAGGGCUGGCAGAACAGCAUCCGCCACAACCUCUCCCUCAACGAGUGCUUCGUCAAGGUGCCCCGCGACGACAAGAAGCCAGGCAAGGGCAACUACUGGACCCUCGACCCCGACUGCUACAACAUGUUCGAGAACGGCAGCUUCUUGCGGCGUCGACGGCGCUUCACCAGGAAAAGAGGCCUCCGGGAUGCACCGGGCACCGAUGGGGACGAGGGGCGAGCGAAGCCCCCCAAGCAGCGGGCACGGGGGCCGCCCGCCGCCCCGCUGCCCGAGGAGGGGAAGGCAGAGAGGGGCUACCCCUCACCGGUGGCCACGGGGCGCCUGCCAAGCCCCACAGAGCUGCCCGAGGGGGCCGGAGCGCUGGGGUGCGCCGAGCCCUGUGUGCGGGGGCAGCCCCCCAAGGCCAGGCAGCCUUGCCUGUACCUGCCGGCCGCGCCGCAGCCCAAGGGGCCGUUCCUCGCCCCCCCGGAGAGCCGCCUGCCCAAGGACACUGCCCUAGGGGGGCUCCCGGCCGCGCUGCAGCUGCCCCGGCCAGGUCAGUACGAGCGCCCGGCCCCGCACGCUGCGCUGCUGCCCUCCCUGCUGCCCGCCCAGCACAGGGACCCCCAGCAGGACUCGCCGGCCCCCCCAGGCACCCCCCCGGGGCAGCUGGAGAGUGAGGAACCGGCCCCCCCGGGGCUGGGGCCAGGCCAACCCUUCGGGCAGGUGCCCCCCGCGUUCCCCAGCCCCCUCCUGGGCACGGGCAAGCCCCCCCCGUCCUGCUUCCUAGACGGGGAGGGCUACGCGCAGUCCCCCCUGCCCGUCUUCGGCUCCUUCGGCCGCUCGGGCCCCGAGGCUCUGGGCAGCAGCUACCAGUGCCGGGUGCAGGCGCUGAGCUUCUGUGUGAAGGAGAGACCCUGCGGCUCCGCGCUGGAGCAUCUCCUGGCUGCGGCCCCCCCGGCCCCCGCUGCCCCCCGGCAGGCUCCCUUCGGGGUCGUGGGGCCACGGGCGAGUGAGCAGAAGGAGCCGUGGGGACCGGGGGGGGCGAUCCCGCUGCAGGGGGGCAAUGGGUACCCCCUGGGGUUGCCCCCCUGCCUCUACCGGACACCCGGUAUGUUCUUCUUCGAGUGAGGGACC